AUUUGAUAAAUAGCAACACCUUCGUAGAAAGAAUGGCGACAGUGUGUGACAAAGCAACAACAGCGAUUAAUACCAACGCUUCACCGCUACGUGGCGCUAGCAUUUUUUGUGUCCAUAAUUCAAAUUCAAUACACAUGGAAAGGAAAAAGUCAACAAAAAUGAAAUGUGCGAAGAUGGAAUUAGAAGAAAACAAUUUUGAGGAUGAUCAGUCCGAUGACGUAAAGAGUGAUGUUGAGGGUAAUCCUGGAUGGGCGGAUGUUAUGCAAAAAAUUCUACAGACAAAUAAGCCAAAACGUAAAAGGACAAUAGUUCUGUCGAAAGCGAAGAAGUUGUGUGAUAUAAAGAAGAAUGAUGAGGAGGAACAGUUGCCAUUUGAAAUUGAGGAAGUGAAGAGAGAAAUAAAAACAGAAGAAUCGGAAGAAGUAGAAAACGAUAACCAGAAGCCACUGUUAAAAGAAAGGAGGAAAGGAACUAAGUUAGGUAUUAGAGUAAAGCCAAGUAUGAUGGAUAGAGAGUAUGAAAGGACAUUACAAAAGAUUGCUAAAAGAGGGGUAGUGCAGUUUUUUAAUGCAGUUAAGCAACAACAAGAUGAAAUUAAUAAGAAAUUAUCAGAUGCUGGCCCAUCAGAAAGGAAACGUGAACAAGUAUUGAAAAGUAUUGAUAAGACUGCGUUUUUGGAUGUUCUUAUGGGAGGAAGUAAGAGUAUUUCAGUGGAUAAUGAUGUAAAAAAUGAAACACACAAAAAUGAAAAGCAUGAAAAGAAGAAAAAGAAGACUAAGGAAAUUUGGAAUGUGCUGAGAGAUGAUUUUGUAAUGGGAACAAAAUUAAAGGAUUGGGAUCGUAAAAGUCAAGACGAAGAUUCUUCAACACCUGAAAAUUCAGACAGUGAUGAUUAAAUU